AUGUUGCACCGAGUUGCGGUGGAGACGCGGCAGAGGAGACGUGCAAAUGCAUGCAAAGUGGGCAGAUCUCGAUGCAGACUCGAGCUGGCUGGCAGGCGGAUUUCUGGUCAAGUCGAGGCAGUCUCAGGCAGUCUCGUUGCAGAAGCCAGUCGCGGCAUCCUUCAAGACGUCUCUGACAGCAGCAUUCGUGCCUACUUUGCCUUCAUCCACUGA